CAGUGUUGCUGUGGAAACAAAUAAAGCUUCCUCGUCAGUGCUUGUGGCAACAAGAGAGCACGAAAAUAGAUUUCAACUUGAUCGUGUCUGGUUUCAUUCGAAGAAUAAUGUAGCUCGUCAAUUUUGUAUAUGAUUUUAUACUUCAGAUCUGGGAGCGAAAGAUUACUGUAAUAAACUCGCGAUGAGUCUCGCUAGAAAGGACACAGACGCCGGGCUACGGGCACUGGUCGCGAGCACAAACAUUAAGCCGGAGCAGAAGGUUCCUCAAGUUCUCUCAAAAUUACAAGAUAUUCUGAAUAGGAUAUCUGUCCAAGACGAUAGAGAGUUGGGUGCGUUCAAAAACUCCUUGUUCAGCCAUGGCAUACUUCAAUACUGCGCAGGAGACGCCCUCAAACGGAACUAUGCCAACGUUGAAGGAGGCUACGCAACUGCCACUCAGUUGGCAGAAAUUCUCAGCUCCUGCUGUGUGGGUGUGGACCUGGGCGGAGACACUGAGGCCUUCCAUAGGCGGCUGCUCCCGUCCGUCACAGACAGCCUGCUGUCAUUGGCCAGUCGGCUGAUGAACAGAGCUUUGGCGGGGAAUGGGCAGCCUGAGAUGUUUCGUUUCUUCAGGAAGGUGAUGGACUCUGUGUGUUGGCUUCUGAAAGCCCAUGGUCACCUGGCCACACAAGUCCUGCAGUCAGACCACUAUGAGAGGAUGUUAAUGAGUGAGGAAGAGAGAGUGGGAACCGUGUGUGUGUCACUGUGGCAUCAGCUUCUGACAGCUAACAGUGAGUUAGUAGCAGGUUUGGGAAAAGGCCCCUUGUCUGUGAUUCUGGAUGACGUCGUGUACCGAAUGGCUCACACAUCCAACCCUGUUGUGGGAGGGGCAGCAAUUAGGACGCUCCUCCUGGUUGCCCGGCAACAAGAAUCCGCCCUGCAGCUUAUCAUCCACAGGUUCAAAGGGUUGGAGGGCAUGAUUGGUCGAGAAUGGAGGGGGCGGGGCUUCGAUGAAGAAGUGAACCAACUGAUUAAGCUGUUGCACAGAGAAGUCCCCAAACCAGCUGAUCACACAGAGACGUGGCCAGAGGAGUGUGUGAGAGCGGCGUGUGUCAUCCAGGCAGCGUGGAGAUCCUAUCAGACCAGGAGGAGAGUGAAGAGUCUGCCCAGAGCUGUCAGAUCACUGCAGAGGAGCUUCAGAGAGCGGCGACGGAGGAGAGCGCAGCAGGCUCAGGCUGUGUGCUGGGAGGAGGAGCUGAGACUACAGCUGUGUGUCAGGAGACAGAGAGCCAGGAGAGAGUUCCAUCAGAAACAACUACAGCUACUACAGUUACUGCCCCCAGGUCAGGUGCAGCAGUACCUCGGGGAGGUGGAGAGGCAGGCUGCGAUACAGAUCCAGAGGGUUUGGCGAGGCCACCGAGAGAGACGAAACUUCCAGCAACGGAGAAACACACACACACAGCACAGAGCUGCUGUUGUCCUGCAGAGAGCAGUCCUUCGCUUUCUGAAGAGGCGGGGAGCUGAGAAUGCCCCUCCUUCCCUCUCUCCUUGGAUUGGUCCUCGGGGUUUGACUGACAGUCGGAGGGCGGAGCUGAAGAGGGAGGUGGAGGAACAUAUUGCCCUGCACCCGUCCUCUGUGGUGUCUCUAGAGGGCAGUAGGGAGCUCCAUGCUCAGACCCAAGCCUUGCUGCUCCAGCAUCUACAGGGGAGAGAGGCAGAGCUGAGAGAACACACUCACACACACGCCCUGCUGGCACAGAUCAACACCGACCUGGAACUACUGCUGAAUGCCCCCUCACUCAGUGUCGCCACAGUAACCGACUGUGUCGUGUUCAGGAGUCGCUCUGCCCCCGUAGCCGCCCGCGCCCGGCAAUCCCACAAUGCCUUGCUCCAGGCCGGUCGCCUGCCUUGGUGGAAGAUGCUGGGAGAUGGUGACAUCACCUGUCCAGAAUCAGAGUGCGUCCACAAAGACCACCCGCUGGAGGCAGAGUUUAACUCUCUGUAUUUAGGAGGAAGCUGACAACGUUGUUCCACAACAGUAUUGUAACGUUAUUAUAACAUUGUCAUAGGGCUGUUGUAAUAAUGUCAUUAUGACGUCAAACCUCCCGGGCGACCUCCCGGGUGGCGCAGUGCUAGCUGCACCACCAGAGUCUCUGGGUUCGCACCCAGGCUGGGCUGGGUUCACGCCCAGGCUCUGUCGCAGCCGGCCGCAACCAGGAGGUCCGUGGGGCGACGCACAAUUAGCAUAGCGUCGUCCGGGUUAGGGAGGGUUUGGCCGGUAGGGAUAUCCUUGUCAGUAUGUAAAAUGUAAUAAAAUGUAUGCACUCUACUGUAAGUCGCUCUGGAUAAGAGCGUCUGCUAAAUGACUAAAAUGUAAAUGUAAACCUGCUCUGGAAUUCAACCAAUCAUGGGUUUCAGUCUGGACCGUGGUUAGUUGAAUCCGGUGUGUUACUGCAGUGGUCUUUUCAUCAGUCUUUGUGUGGCUGGUCCCUUAGACUGAAACUCUUCCUUAAGGAAUUGUAAAGCAAUUUUGUGUACAGAAGUCUGCAUUGAAGUUUGUACUUUUCUACUAUUA